AUAUAUAUUAAACUCCCCUCUCUAUUUUAAAGUCUGUAAUCAACCCAAUUGUAGCUAAAGAUGGCAUCCAUCCAAGAAAUUCGAGAGGCUCAAAGAGCAAACGGCCCUGCUACAAUCCUCGCCAUCGGCACCGCCAACCCACCAAAUGUGAUGUACCAGUCCAAUUAUCCAGAUUUCUAUUUUCGUAUCACAAACACCGAUCACUUAACUCAUCUUAAGGCCAAGUUCAACCGCAUCUGCGAAAAAUCAAUGAUGAAGAAACGUCAUUUGCACGUAACUGAAGAGCUGUUGAUAGAAAACCCAGAAAUGAGUGAUGAUAAUGCAAGUUCCCUAAAAAGCCGGCAAGUUAUAUUGGCUAAAGAGGUUCCGAAACUUGGUAAAGAGGCAGCUGAGAUUGCAAUCAAAGAGUGGGGGCAACCCAAGUCCAAGAUCACCCACCUUGUCUUUGGUACUAACUGCGACGUUGAUCUACCCGGGUCAGAUCACGAGCUCGUUAAGCUUCUAGGCCUCCACCCCUCAGUAAAGCGAUUUAUGCUGCGCCAAGGUGGCUGCCAUGGAGGAGGUACAUUGCUUCGUAUAGCCAAGGACAUUGCAGAAAACAACCGUGGUGCACGUGUGUUGGUUAUAUGUUCGGAAAGUACUGUCAUUUGUUUCCAUGCCCCAACAGAUAUGAACCUUGUACCACACGCCAUAUUCGGGGAUGGUGCUGGAGCAAUUAUCAUGGGUGCUGACUUUGAUGAGCCUACCGAGAGACCCAUAUUUCAGCUGGUUUCUACGGGGCAGACCACAUUGCCGGACUCACAAGGGGAUAUCCAAGCCCGUUUAAGUGAGAUAGGGAUGACCGUACAAUUAAGUCAGCAAGUCCCAAAAAUCAUAGCUAAAAAUAUAGAAAAUUGCUUAGAUGUAUCCUUUAAGUAUGUUGGAAUAAAUGACUGGAAUUCCAUAUUUUGGAUAGCUCACCCUGGAGGGCCGGCGAUAUUGGAUCAAGUAGAGGCUAAGCUCGGACUUGAGAAGAACAAACUUAGCACUAGCCGCCACGUGUUAAGUGAAUACGGGAAUAUGUGGGGUGCAACUGUGAUAUUCAUAUUGGAUCAAAUGAGGAAGAGAUCGUUGAAUGAGGGUAAAUCAACAACUGGGGAAGGAUUCGAUUGGGGGGUGCUAUUCGCCUUUGGUCCUGGCAUUACUGUUGAAACUAUUCUUCUACAUAGUGUUCCAAUUAAUUAGUUUUCUAUGUUCUAGCUACUCACAUCAACAUGUGUUAAACUAAUAAAAUCAAUAAAUGUUAUUACGAGUUGUCGGCA